CCGGAUCUGUUUUGUUCAACCCUUUCUGCCGUGCAAUUUUUUUUUUUGUUACUAACUACUAUUUUCAAAACUACUUACAGCGUUAUCCAAAUCUUCCGCGCCUCCUCCCGGGAUCAAUUGUUUCGAGGUUAGAGCCACUGAAAAAGAAAUGAAUUAAGCAUUUAUUUAAAUACAUGAUUUCAAAAUAAUCAUACUUACCAUUGUCUCUAGUGUAUGUACGCUUUUGAGACAUUUUUUUUUCGGUUAGUGUUAGACAGCGUCAACUAAAUUUUCACUUUUUUCCGACAAAUCUAAAAGAAAGCAAGAAAUUUUCACUUCAGCUUGGCAACGAUAAAUUUACCGAUAAACAAACCGCACACGCUUAUUGUAAAACACUAUAAAUUGGAUUACUUGAACACGAAGAAAAAUUGUGAAAUAAGGUAAAAUAUUGUGAAUAAACUAUAAAUUAUAUCGUUGUAUGAUAGGUUUUGAUAAACCAUUCUAUUGACAUUAUCAUUUAAUUGUGUACGUCUAGGGUGAUUUCGGUUCCCGAAGAUUUAAUUUAAUUCAUUCAUUGAAAUUACGGUAUGUAAUUCGAAUUUUCGAGCGAAGAUAUAUUUCAUAACGAAAUUUGAAAAAUCAAGUUGAGGAAAAAUGAGAAAUUCAAGAAUGAGUUCGUUAUUUACCCGAAAUAUGGAGGUUCCGUAUGCCCGAAAAUAUCUCAAGCGGGUUCCGAUUCCGAACAACUCAGGGCAACCUGAUCAAACUUUGGAAAGCUUUCCUGCAAAUCAACACAGACGUAUUUCGACGGAUACUUCAAUGGUUAUUGGUGAUAAAACAGAAAAAAAAGGUGAAAACCCGAUCAGACCUGAAAUGCAUACAAUGUGUUUCAGUGACACGGAUUCCGAAGAGGACGAAGCCAUAUCUCGGCUGCACGAUUUUGAAAUGGAUGAGGAAUUAUUAGGCGGGUACUUUUUUCCCCAAAUCGAUUCAGAUAUAUCAUUCAAUGCUGAUAACAACGGAUCGCCGAUCUUGGAAGAUAAUAAAUUCGAAGCCAUGAUGAUGGUAUUACAUAUUUUUUUAAGACACAAUCUUAGCAUUGUUGCUCUCGAGGAUAUCUUGCGGAUGGUUAAUUUAAUUUUAAAAGCAAAAUGUGUUCCUGAAUGUGGCAGAACUUUCUUGAAUUUUUUUAAUAACCCUUCAUAUGUACGGCAUCACAUUUGCAGUAAAUGUGGAAUUUAUUUAGGUAAGUGUUUUUGGUAA